GACACAAGUUCUCAUUCGAUCUAACCUCCAAGCACGCUGGGCUGUCAAACACUGUUAAACGAGGAUCCGAGGUGUAAUUUACUUUUUGCAAAUGCAGAAAGUAGACGGAUGGUUUUGCAAUAGACUGACAAGGAUACAUUCCGAGUUGUCGUUUUAAUAAACGAGUCGAUAAGUAAGUUAAUUUAUAUCGGCUUCGAUUUCGGAACAAUACCGGUGUUUGCUUAUUCCCGCGAACAUCUAGUUGCAUCAUACAUUAAAGAUUUCCCCCUCUUUUCGGAUUGAUAUCAUAUUAUAUGAUACUUUAAAGUGGAAUCAUCUGUCAGUGAUACGAGUUUUUUGUGAUCGAGCUUUACAUAUAAAUCAAGUCCGUUUGCGAUUGAUCAAGAGAAUCAGUACAGCUUUACAUCCCCCCUACCGAUCUAAACGCAAGACGUGCUCCAAGAUGCUGAGAUUAUUCAAAUUAUCGAGCAACUCGCUCUUAAAAGGCGCAGCUUUACAGCAGCGCGUCGUCACAUACCGUACCUUCCGGUCGUCUACAAGCGCUGCCGCGAGCGCGUUGCAUCCGAGAAAGGAGCUGACGCCGGAUGAACUAGCUAAAUUCAAGAAGGGCGAGAUUCUUCACGGGUUCAUGGUGGACGAGGUUUCGAGCAUAGACGAGCUGUUCCUCACUGCGGUGAGGCUGACGCAUCUGAGCACGGGCGCGCAGUAUUUGCAUCUGGCCAGAGACGACACCAACAACGUGUUCUCCAUUGGAUUUCGCACGACUCCCAUGGAUUCCACGGGAUUGCCCCAUAUACUGGAGCACACCACUCUGUGCGGCAGCGAGCGAUAUCCCUGCAGAGAUCCGUUCUUCAAGAUGCUGAGGAGAUCCCUGGCAACGUUCAUGAACGCUAUGACCGGGCCGGACUAUACCAUAUAUCCGUUCUCGACGCAGAACUUGAAGGAUUACCGCAAUCUACAGUCGGUUUACUUGGACUCGGUCUUCAAACCGAAUCUGCGAGAGCUGGACUUCCGACAGGAGGGAUGGAGACUGGAACACGCGGACGUCAACGACAAGAACUCUCCCAUUGUGUUCAAGGGAGUGGUCUUCAACGAGAUGAAGGGUGUUUUCAAUGACAAUCAGGCCAUUAUGGCGGAACGCCUGUUGAAUUCCAUUCUACCGAGCCACACGUACUCUGUAAUUUCCGGCGGCGAUCCUCUUGUUAUACCUAAUCUACAGUACGUCGAUCUCCUUAACUUUCACAAAAAGUACUAUCAUCCCUCCAAUUCGCGCUUUUAUUCCUACGGAAAUUUCCCGCUGGAGGACCAUCUCAAGUUCAUCAACGAUCGGUACCUCUUCCUCGCUGACAGGAUAGACGCUUCUAUGUCGGAAGUGCCAGCGGAGAAGCGAUGGAGCAACGCUAGGAAGGAUCACGUCGCGUGCAAACCCGAUCCACUGCUCGCAGAUCCCACCAGACACGGCACCAUCGCUAUCGCGCACUUGUGCAACGACAUAACUAACAUACAAACGACUUUCGAGAUGUACGUACUGUCGCAGCUGUUGCUGAAAGGUCCAAACUCGGCGUUUUACAAAUCUCUAGUCGAAUCGAAUAUAAGCACCGGUUUCGGACCGUUCACGGGUUUCGAUUCGCAGUGCAGAGACACGAUGUUCGUCGUGAGUCUGCAGGGCGUCAAGUCGGACGACUUUGAGAAAAUCGAGAGUAUCUUCGACAAGACGGUGCGUCAAGUCAUCGAGGAGGGAUUCGAGAAGGAUCACGUCGAAGCCGUCCUGCACGGCAUCGAGCUCCAUGUGAAGCAUCAAACGUCGAAUUUCGGGUUGGGCUUGCUCUUCAAUCUGACGUCAUUGUGGAAUCACAACGGCGAUUUGAUACGGUCGUUGCGAAUCAACGACGCGGUGAAGAAACUCACGUCGCGAAUGAGAGAAGAUUCCAGGUAUCUGCAGAGUCUAACCGAGACUUAUCUCGGGAACAAUACCCAUAGAUUGACGUUAACGAUGACGCCCGAUGAAAAAUACGAGCAGAAUAAGGCGCUCGCCGAGCAAGAGCUACUAAAGACGAAGCUGGAGACACUUGACACGGAGGAACGGGAACAGAUAUACAAAAACGGAAAGAUCUUACUCGCCGAGCAACAGAAGAAAGAGGACGCUGAAGUCUUGCCGACGUUGAAGAUGGAAGACUUGAAGGCCGACGUGGAAAGAUACAAGAUCUCCGACCUGGAGGUCGCCGGAGUACCUCUUCAGCUGUCCGUACAACCGACGAACGGGAUUUCUUAUUACCGAGGAAUACUCAACACGCAGGCGCUGCCGACCGAGUUGAAGCAGCUGAUACCGCUGUUCAACUACGUUGUCGCGAAGAUGGGCACGCAGACGUACGACUACAGGACUUUCGAUCAGAUGAUGCAGCUGAAGACUGGUGGUCUGAACUUCAUAAAUCACAUCGCCGACCACAAGGAGAGCGAACUCAAGUACGAGGAAGGGAUUCUCGUAGAAUCGUACUGCUUGGAUCGCAAUUCGGACGACAUGUGGAAACUGUGGACCGAGCUGUUCAACAACGUUAAGCUGACCGACCUUCCGAGAUUCGAGACGCUCGUGAAGAUGAACGCGGCUGACCUGAUCAACGGUAUCUCGCACGCCGGUCACUUGUACGCGAUGAGUAGCGCCGCUAGCUUGGUCUCGCCGAUAGCCCGUGCGAAGGAGAGCCUCUCGGGAUUGCAAUAUAUCGCGAGGAUGAAGAAAGUGGCGCAGAUACGUGACUUGACUCCCCUGAUGCACAAAAUGCAGGAGAUAGCCAAUCGAGUCUUGAACAAGCAACACCUGCGAUCGGUCAUCAACUUGUCCGAGGAACACCGGGACGACGUUCUCAACGGUAUUCGUGCGUUCUACGAUUCGCUGAAGGGUCGCUCAGAGACGCCGCGCAUCGUCACCAGCGCGCGGAGCAUCGAUACGAUGGAAUGCGGCACGCACCACGUGCUGCCGUACACGGUCAACUAUUGCUCCAAGGCUAUUUUAACUGUUCCUUAUACGAAUCCAGACUAUGCCGCGUUGCGCGUGCUAUCCAAGUUGAUCACCUCCGUGUAUCUGCAUCCGGAGAUUCGAGAGAAGGGCGGAGCUUACGGUGGAGGCGCGAAACUAACGUCGGAGGGAAUUUUCUCCUUUUACUCCUACAGAGACCCGAACUCCACUCGUACCUUCGAUUUGUUCGACAAGACGUAUGAUUUUCUAGUCGGAUACUCGUUGCCCCAGAGCGAUAUAGACGAGGCAAAGCUGGGAAUCUUCCAACAAAUCGACGCUCCCAUUCCUCCCAGUAAUCGAGGCCUGACCAGAUUCAUAAACGGCAUCACGGACGAUGAUCUUCAAAGGCAAAGAGAGCAGCUAAAAGCCGUGACUGAAGAGCAGCUUUUGCACGUGGCAGAAAAGUAUCUGAAACCCGAUCAAAACCAAGUCAGAGUAGGUCGUUCACUUAUUGGACCGACAAAUGCGGACAUUUCAAGUAGGCAGAAAGAAAAUUGGCUGGUGUUAAAUCAGGAAGAAGCAGACCGAGCACGAGCCUCUGACUAGAUAGAUGUCAAAAUAUAAUUUUUAUUUUCACAAUGAAGAGCGUUUUAUGUUAAACUGCAGACAUUGUCGUGAUUUUGUUGUUGAGCGUUUCCUGUAUAAAUAUUAGAAAUUGAAACAAUGACGCUCAUGUUAUUUAUGUAUUAGUACAUAAUGUUGAAUAUUAUAAUUUAUGCUAUUUUUGUACAUUAAAUGUAUCCCAGUUAAGGGAUGAAAAAUA